GGUUAUUCCAUGUUAUUAAUUUAUAUUAAAAAAUGAUAACACAUUGAAAUCUAAUCUAUUUCAUAAAACCAGUGUCCAGUACAAAAGAAAUUGUUUUAAAAAAUCUGACGUAGUCUUUAACCACUUGUAUUACAUAUUGAAUAACUAUGAGGGAACGAGACCGUUACAAGGAUAAAGGACGUGAUCGUUCUAAAGAUAGAAACCGAGAUCGUUCUCACAGUGUUACUAAAACUCGUAGAGGUCGUUCUCGUAGUGCUUCACCUAGAACAAGGCGUGAGGCCCGUUCGUCAAGAAGUUUGUCACGAUCACGUCGAGGGCGUUCUCGUAGUGUUUCUCCACGUUCUAGACGUGAUGUUCGAAAGAGAAGUCGUUCCCGUCAACGAUCUAGAUCACCUAUUAGACGUCCUUCGAGGGAUAGACGUCGUUCCAGAAAUCGGGAUUUACGAAGAUCUAGGUCUAGAUCUCCUAAGAAAGAUAAAAAAUUAGUUCGGCCUGUCCAACCAUCUGCUCCUAAAGUCACAGAAGAAGAUCUUCGUGGUAAAACUGUUGAAGAACAAGAAAUGAUGAAAAUGAUGGGUUUUUGUACUUUUGACUCUACACAUGGUAAGGAAGUUGAAGGAAAUAAUAUUGGUGAUGUUCAUGUUAUACUUAAACGUAAAUAUCGUCAGUACAUGAACCGUAAAGGAGGAUUUAACAGACCUUUAGAUUUUGUAGCUUAAAAAUUAUAUUGCAAAACUGAUAUUUAAAACAAUGACUUAUUAACGAUACUGACAAUUUGCUAAUUUUUUUUAUUAAUAUAUUAUUAUUUAUUAGCAAAAGAAUAAAGAAGCCAAUUAAACAUUUUUUUUGUGUAUAAAUAUUAUUCAUUUCAAUAGACUUCAAAGUAAAAGUUGCUUAUUGUACUACUGUAAUUUCUAUUAAUUUUGUAAUAUACUAUCCUUAAAUAUAAAUUGCAAUUAAAUUUAGUAAUAUAUACUAAAUGUAUAUAAAAAAAAAAUGUAUCAACAAUUAUUUAAGUACAAAUUUAUUAUUUCCAUAAUAAUAGUUUUAAUAUAAUGUUGUAGAUGCAUUAUUUUUUAUAUUUUAAAACUG